GAUUUCUGGCGCUCUAGCUGUGGUUAACAUGUUUUAGUCAAAUGGUUGGAUUAUCUUGCUCAUGGAGGUUAUUCCACGGUACCAAAAUAUGCAAACCACAUUUGACAAUGUUGUGGCCUUGAAGGCUGUUCUCCUGCUCUGGAGAUUGCUUCCGUUCAAAUGUUCGGUAUACUCUCACGUGUAUCUAUCUCCGCCGUGUUUCUUUACUUCUUUCAGUGUUUCCUCCAGCUAUUUUCAGUUCUUGCUUCGGUGUCCCAAGCUACUGCUAGAGUGCUGAAUAACUCGAUGCUCUUGUUUCGUGGUACUAUGCGACUGUCAUUUUUCCAGAACGUGGAUUCAUCGCUGGUUUCGCCGUCCCAUGCUGAUGCUGUGCAGGUCCAUGAAAUCCAGCAUAGCUACACGGUGCGGCAGCCCGAAGACAGGCAGCGUGAUGCGCUCGGGUGGCGCCUGGCGGGAAGGAAUGCGUAUUUUUACCUUUUUUUUAUUUACAAAUCGAUCCUUUGUCCACUUGAAUUGGCCAAAUGGCCCUAAAUAGUACGUAAAUCCUAUUGCCAAUUUGUCGUGGCAAAAUGUUCUCUGAGCGCCACCUGUCUCUUUCACCCAAUUUCCAUCUCAACAUGCUGACGAGUGGAAAGAACUAAGAGCAACUCUAGCGGAGUCGUUGUAUACCCGAUGACUAUAAUAAUUACCAAUGGAUCAUCUUGGAACGAA